AUGUCCAGCGGCCAUCCGUCCCUGGUGUACCAGGAGUGCCAGCCGGCCUUCUCCAUCCUCGACUGGUCGCUGAAUCCCUCGCUGAAGUGGAUGGAGGCGAACUGGCACUACACCGCCUACGUGAGCAUCGUCUACAUGGUGCUGAUCUACUCGCUGCAGCAGCUGAUGCGCACGCGGACGCCCUUCAAGCUGCGCCGGACGCUGACGCUGUGGAACGUCGGCCUGACCGCCUUCAGCGCCGCCGGCAGCUACCACAUGCUGGGGGAGAUGUACGAGUCGCUGGUGCUGCGCGGCCUCGACCACUCCGUCUGCGUCGCCUGCACCAACGGCCGCGCCCAGUACUGGAUGUGGCUCUUUGCACUCUCGAAGAUCUUCGAACUCGGUGACACGGUCUUCAUUGUGCUGCGCAAGCAGCGGCUCAUCUUCCUCCACUGGUGUACACCUGGUACAGCUUCGGACAGAACAUCAGCCUCGGUCGGUGGUUCGUCACCAUGA